AUGACUGAUAGUGUGUAAGCAAUUUAAGAAAGUUAUACAAGAAUCAAAUUACUUAAUAAUGAUAUUCAAAUUAAAGAUUAAACAAUUAAUUUAUUGCAAGAGCGAUUGUUAGAAAUGGAAGAUUAAAUGAAUUAAGCUAUUAAAUAAAAAGAAUAUGUAGAUCGUCAAUUUACCAUUUUAUAAGAUGAACAUGAUCAAAUGUUUGAAAACUAAUAAAAAAAGACUAAACAAUUACAAUAGUUUAAUUAAUAAUUGUUGGUUGCAUUAAAAGAAGUAUAAGAUAAAAAUUAAGAAUUAUUAGAGUAAGUUUAAUAUUAAAGUUAAGAAAUUUAAUCUAAGGAAUAGAUUUUGUAAGACUUAACUGAUUAAAUUACUAUGAUUAAAGAUGCAGUUAAAGGAUUAGAUGAAGAAUUAUCAUAGUUAACAAAAAAAAAUUAACAAUUAAAAAAAGAAAAAUUAGAUGCUGAACAAUAAUUAAGAUAGAUUGUUACUGAGAAAAAUUAAUUUGAAAGUAACAUUGCUAAUAUGUUGAAGUAAUUAGAAACAGAAAAUGAUAUAUUAAAAUAAGAAUUAGAAGAUUAUAGAACUAGAUUAGAGUAAUAACAUUAAGAAUUAGUUGAAUUAAAAUAUCUAAAAAUACAAUUUGAAGAUUUAGAAAAAAAGAAUAUAUAACUUAAUGAAUAAUUCAAUAUUCAAAUUUAAACUGCUAUGGAAUGUGAAAAAAAUUAUGCUUUCUCCUUUGAUGAAAUGAAUAAGGCUAAUGAAAAAUUUAGAAAAUAAUAUGAAAUUUUAAAUGAACAAUUUGAAAAAUAAAAAGAAUAUAAUUCAACUAUUGAAAAUUCAAAUCAAGAAUUUUAAUAACUAUUUAGCUAUGUUGCUAAUUAAAUUGAUCAAAUUAUGACACAAUGUCUUUGUUUAAAUAAAAUCUAAGAUCCUUAAGAUUUAUUUGAAAUUAAAAAAUCUUCUUCUUCCAAUAAACGCUCUAAUUCUAAAAAGAAAAAAAAAAAUAGCUUCAAUUUUUCAGAAAUUGAAAAUUUCUUUCAAGAUAUUAAAGAUAUUAUUAUUGAUUUAUUUGAAAGUAAUACACAUUUAAAAGAAGAAAAAGAAUAAAUUAGUUUAAACAUUUUAGAAAUGCAUAAAGUUGGAGAAUAACUUAAAUAAAAGUUUGAUUAAUUAAAUUAAGAAUAUUCAAAAACAAAAGAAAAAUUAUAAUAAGAAAAUAGAUCUAUUUUUGAAGAGUAAAAUAGUAAAAUUAAUUAACUUGAAGAAGCUUUAUAAUAAUAAAAUUUAAAAGCUUAGUAAGAUAAUUAAUAUAUAAAUUAAUUAAUUGAUAAAUGCUAUCAUUAUGAUCAAUUAUCUUAGACAAAUGAAGAAUAGAUUUAAUAAUCAAAAUGGUAAGCAUAAAAUAUAUCCUAAGAAUUUGAAGAAUUAAAACAUGAAUAUCAUUAAUUAAAAUCUGAGUUUUCAGAUUUACAAGUAAGAAAAGCCAUUUCUUAAAACAAAGUUGCUCUAAGUUAUAGUGUAAUAUCCCAUUUAUUAUAAAAUGAAAAAGUAAAAAGAACUUUCUCAUAAUUAAUAUAAUAUUCAAAUUAUUUACAUUAUUUUGUCUUAAUUAGAAAUGAAUUUACAAUUAAUAAUAACAAAAUCUAUAAACGAUUUAGAAAAGUAGUUUAUACUGUUAUUUUCGUUAAUAAAAUAAAGUAAUCUAUAUUUUCAACAGCUGAGAAAAAUAAUUUAAAUUUUGAUAAAAAUGAAGAUUUAGAUAUGGUUUUAGAAAAAUACAUACCAAUUUUCCAUAGUAUAGAAGAUGGUUCUUAAAUAGAAUUUAAUGUUUUUGAGAAAAUGAUAAAAGAAAUGAAAAUUUAAAUAAAUAAAAAUGAUUAUAGAAAUUAGAGUAGACUAUCAAAUUCAUAAUAAUAUUAUUAAUUGCUAAAUCUAGCAAAAGAUGAUGCCUUAAAAAGAAAUUCUGUAAAUUAACAAAUUGAAUAAUAUAAAUAAUAGUUACACACUUUAUAAAAUAAGAUAUCUUAACUUAAUUAAUAUAUUUAAUAGUUGGAAUAAGACUUAAAGGAGAAAUCUUCAGAAUAAAAAAAAAAUAGUAAUAUAUAUAAUUCUGAUGAGAAGUAUGUUAGUAAAUAUCGAAAUGAACCUCAAAUAAAUCCUCCUAAAAAUAAUCUAUCAGCUUUAUUAGAAAAUGAAUUAACAUAAAUUUUAAGCAAAAAAUCAGUUCUUACGAAUAAAGCUGGUUAAAUUGUUAAAUAAAGUUUUUGA